GGUGCAAUGUUGAAUGCACACGAGUCAGUCAAUGAAUGAGGCUGCUCACUUGCACACACGUAUGGACGCAGGGACACACACGGUUUGCAGUGUCUGUCAACUUACACACCCACUGUACAUAACAACUCGAGGAUAUCAGGGAGGGCCAAGAGAGGGAGAUGCUGACUGACGUGACUCACACACCCCACCCCACCCCAGCAAACACUCACGUUUACCACCCCCGAGCCAUCCAUGAGGCAGAUCGGCAGGUCUGCGGGCUGUCAGUCAGUCGGUCUUGAGGUACGCAUUAAAACCGUCUUGGGUAGAGAGAGAGGGGGCGACCAGGCGGGCGCCGUGCUGGCUGUGUCGUGUGCUCAUUUGCCGCUGAGAGAAAGCGAGAGCAGCGUCAGCCAGACGAGAGUCCUCUUGCUCCUGGUGCCCCCAUGUGUGUGGUGAGUGCUUACGUGUUCAUGAUGAGGGUGAUGUUCUCCCCCUUGAGCAGUAUCCUCCCGACGCUGACCCGCGUCUUCUUCUUGACGUACACCUCCUCAGCGUCGUCCAACACCAGAUUCAUGUACUCGUCAAACCCCUGACACGCACACGCACACAACACACACAAGGCACAGAGAGCAGUGAUUCGUGAAAUGGCAAGAAUGAACAAACGAACAAUUGUUUGCAUCUGCCUGCUACCAUGCUGACCAUAAUUCUUCCUUCAAUUCUCAUGUCGGGUUGUUCGUAUAGCCAGAUCUGCACCCUCGCCCGAUUCGUCAGAUACCGAAAUAUCUGAUUCUGCACACACACGACACCCACAGAGAGGAGAAGCAAAUAGAAGCAUGAAUGAUGCAGCACAGAUCAGCGCACUGGUCGCAUCACCUCCUGCCCGCCUGCAUCGCCUCCUCUCUGCCUCUCUCAUGGUCUGGCUGGCUGGCUGGCUGGCGUGUCUGCACAUCUGUGUAAAGAUCUGUGUGCGCAGAUCUGCCCGUGUAUCAAUCUCCCUCCCUCCCUCCCUCCCUCCCUCCCUCCCUCCCGUGCGUGUGUGUGCGUCCUUACGAUGGGCAGGGUCAUGAUCUUCUGUAGCUUCUUGUUCGACAUCGCCAUGGUGAACGACGCAGGGAGGGAAGAUCAGGGAAGAGCACAACUCAGCAGCAGGCGUAAUGCAGCCUUCCCAGCAACCAAAGCCGUGGAGGGUGUCGUUUGUUG